UAGGCCCUUAUCGAGGGUCUAGAAGCCCCUCAUUGCUUACCUGGGAAUUAGAUGCAAUGUAAAGGAUGAUGUAAUAUGGCGCACCUUCUGUGCACUUACAAAGCAAGUGUCACUCAUUGUUGUCUAUUAACCAUUUAGAAUGUGUGACCUUGUUCUAAAGAAAGAUGACAGAGUGCAAAAUAAGGACAACUGAGUAAUUAUAUCCAUAUAUAUGUGUGAUUCUCUGUAAUCCUAAAAUAUUACUUCAAAUAUUUAGCUAGAUAAUAAGGUUAGCAUAUAAGGGAGCUCAGAUUAGAAAAAACCUGUUUGACUUUUGCUGUUGAUGUUCAACCCAAGCUCGAGUAAAGAAGUUCCUCAACCAAAGCCUGGAGCUUCUUUAAAGUCGUUAAGGUGUUUUAAAGAAUCAUUAGUACAUGGAGCAAUUAUAAAGCAAAACAAAAGCUCAACAUAAAAAAUAACAGACCAACCCAGUCCUCCACCUUCAAAAAGCACAAUAAAAAAGGACAAAGCAAGAAGUGCUAAUACAUAAUUCCUGAUUUUUAAUUAACAAAAACCACAUUAUAAUUAGGAAGUGAUAAUAAUAAAUAUUUCCUCUAUUCCCUAGAAAUGAGCCAACAAUUUAACCAAAUCUAAUACUUUAUUUACAUGAAAAAUUGAAGGUGAUAUUUCAUUUAAUCAUACGAAGAUAACAGAUACACGGAGAUUCUCAAUGAUCAGAAUUGGUUUCAGAUUAUUCAUUUAGAAAUAACGUUUAAUGGUCUUAAUUAGGCCGGUCUUACUCUCCCUUGCCUUUACAAAUAAUUUGACCCAUGCUCUAAAUUUGGAAAUCAUAAAAAAAAAACGGCAAAUGUUUACAGAAAAUGUAUUGAAUGUUUCAAUCACUUCACAGAUACUGUCAUGAAACAGUGAAACCCAAAUAACCGAAGACACACAAUUGUGUCGAAUACACAUCUGUCUUUCAGCUGUUUAACACAGGCUUGAACUGUAGACUGACUUUUGUGACUUGAGAAGUGGCUUGUAUUUAAGCCAAGUUUCAAUUCAUUAACAAAUCUCUUCUCUGAUGUAUUUGUACAUUUAUGGGUUAUGGGUGCCUUUUUCUCCCAGCCAAAGAAAAACUCAAACGCUGCAGGUUUGUACAGUCAAACCUGUUUUUGCCCUAAAGGGCAAAACCAAUAUCUGUGAGGAAAGAUAGUCAUUCAUGGAACACUGGGAAUAGGUGUCUUGUUUCAACAUGCAUUAGAUGCAAGCUGAACUUUACCUCAACUGAGAGGAGGAAAGAGAGAGAACAAAGUUAUUUGUUGAAAAAAACCCAAACUUUUUAUAGUAGUGAGUUAUGGCCACAGGACUUUUGAAUGUGGCAUUGUUCAGUUACGUAUUCUCUGUUUACUGGUGUAUAAUAUUAUUCGUUGGAGGUAGCUUCCUAUCAGGCAGCUCCACCCCUUCGUACCUUUAGUCUUGGGCGUGGACAGUGAUGUGAAUGUUCCUAAAAACAAACAAACAAACAGAAAGAGCAUUGUUCCUUCAUGUAGUGUCCAAUAGACGAAGCUUUACACCAGCUGAAGAAUUAUCAUAUUUUCAGGCGGCCGUCUUAGAAGCUGCCUUCAUUUUCCAAAUCUGCCAUUGAAGGAGCCAUUCUUAGGAAGUCCUGUUAAUUCAAGAUCAACCAAACCAUACCUCAUUGGAUCAUCAAGUACCUGUUAUACUGCAUUUAAUAGCAAGGAAGCAUCUACAAGAGCUGACCAGCAGAUUUGUUCUUGUAGGACAGAUUAAUAAAGGGCUUUGUGUGGAUGUCAGCAUGCAGCCAACAGGACAGAGCAUGUCAUCUGGAACUUUUCACAAAAUCCUCCGACCGCUUCUGUUCAGUAUUUUUAUUAUCGGAUGUUUUGUAACUGUCUUUUUCAUGUAUUUUAAGCCAUCCACCAGCUGGUUAAAUGGUCCAUUAGAGUCAUCUGAUUCCACAAACCAUACCAAAAAUGUCUUUACCACAAAAAGGGACAAAAACUUGAUCACUGUUCUUGUCUGGCUGUGGCCCUUUGGACAAACCUAUGAAGCUAACAUCUGCAGCUCCACCUUUAACAUCGAGGGCUGCUUCAUCACAGGGGACAGAAAGUUCUACAACAAAUCGGAUGGGGUCGUCAUCCAUCACAGAGACAUUGCUGGGGACCUGUCCAACUUGCCAAAAUCGCAGCGGCCCCCAUUCCAGAAAUGGAUUUGGAUGAACUUGGAGUCGCCUUCGCAUUCAGCCCAGUUGGCUGGGAUUAAUAAUUUGUUCAACCUGACUCUCAAUUACCGUCAGGAUUCUGACAUCCAAGUGCCUUAUGGGUCUAUUGUAGCAGCAGAGACUGUGGAGGACUUUGUACCACCAAGCAAAAAUAAAGUGGUCUGCUGGAUUGUCAGCAACUGGAAUCCUGAGCACGUGCGGUCCAAAUAUUACAAUGAGUUGCAAAAGCAAAUUGAAGUUCAUGCAUAUGGACGUGCAUUUGGGAAGUACAUUGCUGACAAAGAUUACAUCCCUACUAUGGCCAGCUGUAAGUUCUAUUUAUCCUUUGAGAACUCAGUCCACAAGGACUACAUCACUGAAAAACUGUACAUCCCCCUCUCUGUAGGCACGGUGCCAGUGGUUCUUGGCACAAGCAGGCAGAACUAUGAGAACUUUCUUCAAGGAGACGCUUUUAUCCAUGUGGAUGAUUUCAACUCGCCCAAAGAGCUGGCUGAGUACCUACUUCUUCUGGAUAAGAAUGAAGAAUUGUACCUCCAAUAUUUUAAAUGGAAACAGAACUUUAAAGUAAACACAGCCCAUUUCUGGGCACAGCACACAUGCCAGGCUUGUGAUUAUCUGAACCGGCACAAAGAAUACAGGGCAUUCAAUAACCUUAACAAGUGGUACUGGGGCUGAUAGUCCCCAGACGGGCUAUUAGCACUAAUCACCUCUAAAUAAAGUGGUACUCAGGACACAUAGAAAACUUAUUUACCUGUUACUCGUUAAGACAAUCAAUAAGAUGAAAAUUUGUAUGUAAUAUUUAAUUGAAGGGUUGAAGAUAAAACAUCUUAUUUGUGAUAGUGAAGAAGUAACCCACUGAAGUCAAAUGUGAAGGUAGUUUAACCAAACUGUAUGUUCCAGUCAUACAGACCACAGAAAGCAAUUUACACUUCAGUCACAUUCACCCAAUCACACUCACUAACGCUCACACAUUCAUACACCAAUAGGUCGGCUACUCAGGGCAUUGACACAUGGCAGGAGAAACCUGGAAUUAAACCCACAACCUUCUGAUUGCAAGACGACUACUCUUCCUUCUGAGAAACAGUCGUCUCUGGGGAGGCAGGUCCCAUCUAACAAUGUUGUGAAUUGGAUUAUUUACAAGGGCCCUACAGUGUAAGGAGAGGGAGACAUGUGAUUUCUGUAUCAUCCAGGUUUGGACACGUAUGGAAACAGGAGUAGGCCAUAAAAAAUGCGUUUCCAGACUUUACUCCUGGUCAUUUGUCCUUCCAUCCUUCAUUCCUUCCUUUCUUCCCUUCUGUCAUUAUGUCCUUUAUUUCUAUCUUAUGUCCUAAAUUUCCUUCCUGCAUGGUCUUUCCGUUCUUCCUCCUUCAGGCCAUUGCCUUCUUCCAAGUGCCCCUACUUUUUCUGUCCUUUUUUUCCUUUUCACUUUAAUAUGUCCUUCCUUCAUUAAUUAUUUCCUUCAUAAAGUCCUCGCUUCCUUCCUGUCAUGUCCUUCCUUUUUUUCUUGUAUCCUCACUUCUUUGCCUCCUUGUGGUUUCAUUUUUUCCUUGUGUUCUACCUGUUUCCCCUCCUUCCACCCUGUUGUAGGAUUCCUUCCUGUAGCUGGUGACUAGUAAUUGGACUGAAUUUAUAUAGCACUUUUGUAUUCAUACGGAUCACUCAAAGCUCUUUACAACAAAGCCACAUUCAACGACUUUCUCUCACAAAGGCAGGGACACAUUCAACACACAUUCAAACACCAAUAAGCAGAUCAGUAGGCAAUUAGGGUUGGGUGCCUAGCCCAGGGGUACAUCAAACUGUGAUAGGAGGAAAGUGGAAUCAAACCCAGCAUUUUCUGACUGCAAGAUAACUACUCUUCCAGUUGAGGAGUUGACAUGUCUUUCUUUGUGCCAUUCCCUACUUCCAUAAAUUUAUUAGGUGCUUAUAGAAAGUCUUGAAGCCCCUCAUGGUUCACACCGGGGAAUUAGAUGCAAAAUGAAGGACGAUGUAAUGUGACACAUCUUCUGUGCAUUUACAGAGCAGGUGUACCUCAUUGUGCAAUAAACCAUCUAAAAUAGGUGACCUUCUUUUAAAGAAAGAUGACAGAGUGCAAAAAAAGGACAUCUGAUCUGAGUAAUUAUAUUUUUAUAUGUAUCUGUGCUCCCCUAUAUUCUAAGAAUAUUACCUCAAAUAUUUAGCCAGACAAUUAAAAAAAAAAAACAUUUUAAGCAAAAUCAAAUGUGAAUAGAAGUAAGUGGUUUUUUUUUCUCUAUGUGACUCAUUAGGAAGUGCAGAAGUGUUUUGGUUGGUUUGCGAAAAAAUUAAAGCUAAAGCUUUUUAUAUAAUUAUUAUUUUUUUAUGGAAAUUCUGAGGAAAACAAUGUAAAUGUGUGCAAGAUAAAUGGGCAGGUGUUAUUUUUGGUCAGAAGUUAUACUUCUUUACUAUUUCUGAAGCCAACGUGCAAAGUGUAAUGUGGUCAGUUUUCUACCAGAGUCUGUUCCCUGAUAUUCAUAAUGAAACGUGCAUAAAUGUAUGGAUACAACAAGCCUGUUAACAGAGAUUACCAGCCCACUUUAUAAUAAUGGUGUGAAGGUAAAUGCAAUUCUAAUUUAUUUUUGUGGGUGAUGCUAUGAGAAAUGUAAAUUGAAGUAAAACUGAGAAAUGCUUGUAGUUCCAGGGGAUGGUUGUGUGUGGUAUUUUUAGAUUUAAAUGUUUUUGUAUCAGAUUACAUUCCUGCUGGCAUAACCUUACUGAGAGAGCUGUGACAGAAUGAAGCACAGGCCUCAGUUAGAAACGUCUGUUUACAGUUUUUCUGCUGUACGAAACAAAGCUUUGUUGUUCAGUGUGUUAGAUAACUUGAUGAAGAAAAAUUAUUUUUGGGGAAUGUUGUUUGUCUCUUUUUUUUUGUGAGUGACUAGACCGACGCUGGUCAUUUCGCCACAGUCAAUUUUUUUGAGGUGGAGAAUUUUUCACCCCUUGUCACCUGAGGUAAAGAAAGGCUUUAUGGAGCCCAGCCGGCCUCUGCCUUAUUAGUUUGAACUGCUGGCUCAAGGUGUUGACUCAGCGAUCCCACCUAAUCUAUACAUUUACAAAACAACAGCACAAAAUCUGAUUACUAUGGAAUAUGACAUAACUAAAUAACCGAGGUACCUAAAUUACAAUGCUAGGCUAACUAAUAGGUAAUAAAAUGCUAACUUGAAAAACGCUGUUGAUCAAUGUUUGCAAUUCCAGCUCCUCCCUCAUCAAAAAUUGCAGAAUUAAACACGUUUACAUGACAAUGUCAAAAUUUGCACAGAACAUAAUGAGAGAACCAUUGAAGUCAAAUUUAUACAGUUUAUCUGUAAAAAAGCUGAUUUUGAGUUAAGCUACUCUUUAAAUAUUUGAAUAAGUUUGCUACCAUGUUCCUCUCUGAGAUUCUUCAUCCCUACUUACCUUCUUCGUCCCUCAGGUCGGCUGAACAGCAGCUCUUGCUGAUACCAAGGUCUAGAAGGAAGAUCAGAGGGGACAGUCUUCUCUAUUGCUGCUCCUCAUAUGUGGAAUAACCUACCCCUACGCAUUAGAAUGGCUCCUUUACUGUCUACCUUUAAAACUCGUCCUAACCCAUUUAUAUUUGGCUUUCAACUUUAGCGAGACUUAGUUUUGACUGUUAGGAUGACUUUGUUUUAAUUGGUUUUAUUGUGUUUAAUCUUUCAUUAUCGUAAGGUUACAUUAAUAUAUGCCUUUUCUUUUAAUGUAUUUUUAUUGUAGUUAUAUGCAGCACUUUGUUUCAGCAGUGGCUGUUUCAAAGCCCUCUACAAACAAAGUGGGUAUGGUAUGUGGUUUCUCCUGAAAAUGUUAAAAUUCUGCCGUUUUACUGAGACAUUCAGUUAGUGUUCAGUUAGAACAUGUUUUUUCCAAAUCAUUGUAUUUUGCCACCGUGUUCUAACUGUUGAUGCCUGAUAGUAUAAUAGACAAAAUAAAGAUGUGGGUAAAUGAACAAA